CUUAUGUUUUCUAGCCUCUGUUGCUGUGGAGAUCCAGCCCUCCACUAACCCUGCAGCAGCCGGGGACAACCUGACCCUGUCUCUCUCUCCUCCCGUCAAUCUGACGGCUGGAAGCUGGGCAGUGGGAUCGUCCCUCAUCCUCACGUGGGUGGGGGACCAGGUGGCGGACUUUGCCACUCACAGAGGCAGGGCAUCGGUCAACGUCGUCAGCGGAGCGCUCACUCUGAGCUCCAUCACCGUGGCGGACUCAGGAGUCUACGUGAUGCAGAGCAACAACCCCACGCUGAAAGCCAACACUUCAAUCACUGUUUUUGAACCUAUUUUAAACGUGAGACUGGAGGUGAAUCAAACCAACCUCACAGAGUUGAACAGCCUCCUGGUGAUGAAGUGUUCCGUCUCCUCUGGAUCCUCACCCUCUUUUGUGUGGCUGAACGGCAGCUCUGAGGUCAGAGCCAGUGACAGAGUCCAGCUCACUGAUGGGAACUCCACUCUGAAUAUAGUCAAUGUCACGCGCUAUGACCACGGACCCUUCACAUGUGUGGCGUCCAAUCCUGUCAGUAAUGGCUCAAGUUCUCCACAGAGCUUUAACAUCAUCUAUGGUCCAGAUCACAUGGCCCUCACAGUGAACGGAUCCUUAUUUGUCGGAUCCAACCUGACCGUGCUGUGUUCGGCUCAGUCCAACCCUCCGGCUCAGUUUGAGUGGACCUUCAGAGGAGAGUCUGUGAACCAGACAGGUCCACUGCUGGAGCUCUACAGCGUCACUGAAGACCAAAGUGGUCCAUAUUCCUGUGUGGGCUUUAACAAUCAUACCAACAGGAACAGCAGUAUCACGUCACACAUCACAAUAACAUCUGCAGGAUCCACACAGCCGACGGUGAACACGUGGCUCGUCUCACUGCUGUUGUUGGUGAUGGCGGCUCCAGUCCAUGGUUAUGGCGUCUACAGUCAGAAUAUACACGCCUCGGAGAACCCCUUACCUGUGGGCAGCAAUGUUACCCUGUACAGCCCGAGCCCGGUCAGCCUCGGAGUGUGGUUGUUCAACCUUGACCUCAUUGUGAUGAUAUUCGGACCAAAUAUAAGCAUAAGCAACACCUGGAAGGACAGGGUUGCUUUUAAUACAACCACGUCAUCGUUGAGUAUCAUGUCAGUGUCUAUGGAAGAUUCUGGAGUGUACACCUUAGAUGCAAUGAAUUUAUUUGAAGCCCAGUUAACACUGUCCGUCCAAGAGCGUAUUUCCAACGUGACCAUGGAGGCAAAAGCAACCGACCUGGUGGAGUUCAAUGACACUGCAAUUCUCAUGUGCUCAGCGUCCACGGGUUCCUCUCUGAAUUAUGUUUGGCUGAAGGACGACCAUGAGGUCACAGCAGGUGGGAACGUGCAGCUCAGUGAUGGAAACACCACUCUAACCAUUGACAACGUGACCCGCUAUGAUCAAGGGCCGUUUAAGUGCAGAGUGUUUAACGGGAUCAGCCAUGAAACCAGUCCUGCUGUGUUUCUGAACAUCAGCUACGGUCCGAGCAACACGACAAUGACGGUCAUGCCCAUGCAAAUGAACCACAUCCACAGAACAGCAUCUAAUAUCACACUGUCCUGCACAACGAGUAGCAGCCCGUCAGCGACGACCCAGUGGAUGGUCAACGGGCGGAAUCUACAUAAAUAUGCUCCACAGAUUUACCUCCACAAUGUGACAGAGGACGACUCAGGGAAUUACAAAUGUGUAUUUCACAACCCAGUCACCAACAGGUUCAGCAGUGCAAGUGCAAUGAUCUACGUUUUAGAUCCACUAGAAUCAGUAGAAGUGAAUAACACUGGAGGUCCUGCCAUCCUCGACAAGUCGUUUUCUCUGCACUGUGACGUGCUUGGAUCUGUUGACAGAGUUCAGUGGUGGCAGAAUUGGCAGCUGCUUAUGCCCGACAGCACGACCACGUUUAGCAUGAACAACAAGACGUUGACUCUGAACCCCGUUCAACAUUCUGAUAAUGGAAACUAUAAGUGUCAGGCUUUCAACUCUGUCAGCAACCUAACCAGCAGCCCUUACACAGUCCAAGUAAACUAUGGGCCAGAAAUGCCAACUAUCAUGGGACCAACACUGGUGAAGGCAGGAACUAACGUGACAUUCAUCUGUAACGCAUCAUCACAUCCUCCCAGCCACUACACGUGGUAUUUCAGUGACACUCCAGUGGCCACUACAGCCGUGUAUGUAACACCUCCUCUGACUGAAGCCAUGAGCGGGAUGUACAUGUGCCAAGCCUACAACAACAUCACCGGCCUGAACACGACUAAACACACGAUGCUGACUGUUGUCGACCCAAUAACAGAAGUUCACGUAGAAUCAUCAACGGAUCAUCCCAGAGAAGGUUAUGUGUAUAUGCUAACAUGCAACGUGACCGGACCUGCUGAUCAUGUUUAUUGGAUGAAAUAUAAUGAGGAAAUUAAUGAAGACACUGGAAGAAUUAACAUCCAUAACCAUACAAUCAUGUUCAACCCACUGGAGCGCAAUGAUACUGGACACUACAAGUGCAUGGCAGUGAAUGCUGUUGGAAAUAUGACCAGCCCGACUUACAACGUCCUUGUGAACUUUGGACCCGACAUUCCCAAGAUUCAUGGGCCGGCAUUUGUUGAGACAGGACAAUAUGCAACCUUCAACUGUUCUGCCAUGUCAGUGCCUCCCAGUCAGUUCAGCUGGUGGUUCAAUGACGCAGAGGUGGCCAAUACUUCAGUGUAUACAACUGAACUUUUGACGUUAAACAUGAGCGGAGAAUACACCUGUAUGGCAUACAAUCAUGUGAUGGGAAAGAACAGCACAAAUUCUAAGAUGGUCACAGUUAUUGAGGCCAUAGAGUCAGUGAUGAUCCACCACGACACACUUCCAAUCAAUUCUGAAAACUUCACCCUCAGCUGUGAAGUUACUGGACCCUAUGACGCCAUCUACUGGACAAAAGACGACACACUCCUCAACAUGAACGCCUCUGCCUCUGACACACACAUGAACGUCCACACUGUCAACAACACACUGCUCUUCACUCCAGUGACGGUCGACGACGAUGGCACAUAUCAGUGUUUCGCGACCAAUAAGGCUGCUCGACAUGGAAGCCAACAAUACAAGCUCCUGGUUAACUAUGGCCCACUAAGUGUCAGCAUCACUGGUCCAAGUUCAGCGAAACCAGGCGUCAGCGUGUCACUGACAUGUUCUGCCGAUUCUCGACCAGAUUGUGACUUCCACUGGCUCUUCAAUUACACAACACAGGUUGUAAAAGUUGGCUCUGUUAUCACGUUCCCUGCGACUAAAGUGAGCUACACGUGUGAGGCGAGAAACCCUGUGACCAACAUCACUAAGUCCAAAACUAUAUCCUUUACCGUGUUUGGUCACGCCUCCGCCCUCCACCUCUCAUGUCAAGUCGGCGUGACAUUGAUGAGUGCGUGUGCUCUGUUGUUGCCUGUGUUGUUCGCCUGAAUCCUCUCAGGUGUCUCCUGCUUCCUCUACACUUAAAACAAUCUCACUGUAAAAUUAUAGGGCAGGAGUGGAAAUGAUGACUGUAAUAAACAUGCCCACAUUGGUAUGGUAUCACUUCACUGCCUGCUUUGAGCUAGAGAGCUUGAUUAUUGUAGUAUUUGGCGUUAACAUUGUCAUCUAUACACAUACUUGUGUGAGCAGGCUACUGUAGUAUUAGAAAUGUUAUGUACUAUUUUUAUCACACUUUGAUUCAUUGUACUGAUCAAUUAGUAAAUAAAAAAACAAUCAAUGCA